AUCUUAAAAACAAGAUUUUAAUAGCAUUUAUUUGCAUGAAAUGGCUGAUAUUCGAUCAUUCUUCUCAUCGAACAAAAACAAAAUACAGAAAAAGUCAAGUAGCAGUUCAGUUAUUGAUUUGGCAAAUGAUUCAAAAAACAAUUCAACAGCGAAGGAAGAAAAACCUAACAGCAAUGGUAUGAAAAAGCUAGGUAAAAAGAGAAAGGUUUUGGUAAUAGAAUCAGAUUCUGAUGAAGAGCCAUUACCAUCCAAGUUCAGGAAAGGAAAAUCUUUAAAAGAAUCAGACACAAAAAAGUAUACACCAGAAAAACCGCAAAUAAAUAAAGAAAUUAAGCUUAAAGAAGUUUCAGUUCAAAUUCCACCAAAAGAAAAUGUUCAAAGUUCUAAUACAAAGAAGCCUAAAAUACAAGAAUUGCUUGAGAAGAAAGAGUUGCGUCCAAUAACUGCGGAAGAUUUCUUUUCUGGAACUCUUUCUGUGACAAGUAAUAAAAGCCUUGAUGAUAAAAAGGAAAAAAAGAAUACACCUGAUGUUAUCCUUCCAACACCAGUAAAAGAGCCAAUCAAAUCUCAAAACAAAAAAAACAAGCUUUUGACUAAUAUAAAAGAAAAAGAUUUGGAUACAAAUGAAAGAGAAGACACCAAGCAAGAUGUUCCUGAGAUUAAAAUGAAAGAAGCUGUCAGUAAAUACUUUACUGAAGCCAUUAAGUCAGAUGCGUCAAAUAAUAAACAAAAACUAAAUCUUGAUGUAUCUUUGAAAGAAAAAAAUAAACAUAAAUUAAAACCUGAUGUUAUAUCUCAGAGUCAAUAUGUUAUGUCUUCUCCAAAAAAAACUGUUAAACAAAAGAUUGAGCCUGAUGUUACAUCUCCUCCAAAUAAAAUUGUUGAACAGAAAAUAGAGCCUUAUGUUGCGUCUCCCUCAAACAAAACUGUUAAGCAAAAGAUUGAUUCUGAUGUUACAUCUCCUCCAAAUAAAAAAGUAAAAGCAGAAAAAACAGAAACUAAACCUAUAGAAACCAAUACACCAGUUGAAAAGAAAAAAAGUUACUGGGCAUACAAACAUAGAGAUGGUCCUUCAGCUCUUGGCUCCAAAGAACUGCCUAAGGGAAGCGAUAACUGCUUAGCAGGAUUAUCCUUUGUAAUUACUGGUGUUCUUGAAGCAUUUGAUCGAGAUGAGAUUGCAGAUUCAAUAAAGCGUUAUGGUGGAAAAGUUACUACGAGUGUUAGUGGAAAAACUAGUUAUAUUAUUGUUGGCAGAGAUCCUGGGGAAACUAAAAUUGAGAAGGCUCUCAAGCAUAAAACCAAACAGAUUGAUGAGGAUGGUUUUAUAGACCUAAUUUGUUCUCAUUCAAAAAAGCCUAACGAACUAAACAAUAAUGACCAUAAUGAGAAUCUUAAAUCAAGAGAGAAAUCAUUUUCUGAUAGUUCGAAAAGAACACCUAUUUUAGAUGUAAAUAGUCCUACAUUAAAAAAGAAAGGAGUUUUGGAAACUGGCAAACUUGAUGUUUUAACUUCUAAUUCAACUUCUAUGGUUCAAAAUGUUCAAUCACCUAAAGACAAGCCUAAUCUAUCGCAAAUUAGUCCAGCUAUUUCAAACACCCCUCAAACACAAUCCCCUCUUUAUAACUCUCAAGAUUGCACCAAUGGUAAAACUUCUUCUUUACUCUGGGUUGACAAAUAUAAACCUGCAACCAUGCGGAAUAUUGUUGGUCAACAAGGUGACAAAAGCAAUGCCAACAAACUCUAUAAAUGGUUGCUCAAAUGGAAUGAAAACAAUUCAUCUGGUGAAAAAAAGAAAAAUUUUUAUUCUGGAAAAGAGGAUGGUUCCAUCUUUAAAGCUGCUUUAUUAUCUGGACCUCCAGGUGUUGGGAAGACUACAACUGCUAACCUUGUUUGCCAAGAACUUGGUUUUUCAUUCAUUGAAAUGAAUGCUAGUGAUACUAGAGGGAAAAAAGCUCUGGAAACAAUUAUAAAAGAUGCACUUUCUAACAAAACUGUAGCAGGAGUUAUGCAAGGUAAUACUGGAGAUAAACAUGCUUUAAUCAUGGAUGAAGUUGAUGGUAUGGCUGGAACAGAAGACAGGGGAGGAAUGCAGGAACUUAUUCAACUCAUAAAAAAAACAAAAAUCCCAAUCAUAUGCAUGUGCAAUGAUCGUAAUCAUCCAAAAGUUCGAAGUCUUUCAAAUUACUGCUUCGAUCUGCGUUUUUAUAAGCCACGUGUUGAACAAAUCAAAGGUUUUGCAAUGAGUGUAGCAGCACGUGAAGGUUUUAAAAUUCAACCUCAAGCUAUGGAGCAAAUUGUUGUUGGUGCAAACCAAGAUAUAAGACAAGUUUUGCAUAAUUUGCAAAUGUGGAACAGUACAAAAAGUGUCUUAAAUUAUGAUGAAGCAAAAUCUAAUGCGAAUGAUGCAAGCAAAAAUAUAAAAUUGGGACCAUUUGAUAUUGUGAAACAGUUGUAUACAGCUAAUGACUGCUCAAAGAUGUCUUAUAAUGAAAUUACUGAUCUAUUCUUCAUGGAUUAUUCUUUUAUACCCUUGUUUAUGCAGGAAAACUAUUUGUAUACCAACCCUGCUAAAGCAAGAGGGAAUCCUCGUGUUACACUUGAUUUAAUAAGUGAAACGGCUGAUUCAUUUUCGGAUAGUGAUUUGGUAGAUGUUUUAAUCCGAGGAGAACAAAGUUGGUCUUUACUUCCUCUUCAAGGGUUAUUUUCAACAGUUAUUCCUUGUGUCAAAAUGGCUGGUUAUAUCGGACAACGAAUUGAAUUUCCUAGAUGGUUGGGAAAAAAUUCUUCUAUGAACAAGAACCAUCGUAUUUUGCAAGAACUGAAAAUGCACAUGUCUUUAAGCGCUCAUUGUUUGAAAUCUGAGGUAAACACCGACUAUAUUCCUGUUCUAAAGAAGCGACUAACCGAUCCAUUACUUGAUUCUAGCUUGGACUCCUCUGCUGCUGCUAAACUAGUUAUUUCAACACUGAAUGAUUAUAAUCUUUUAAGAGAGGAUUGGGAUUCAAUUCUAGAAAUCAGUAAAUGGGGAGAAGAACCUGAUAUUGCCUCAAAAAUCCCUAGCAAAGUCAAAUCAGCAUUUACUCGGCUAUAUAAUAAAGAAACACACAAGAUUCCUUACACUCUUCACCAAGCUCCUAAAAAAAUUAAAGGUGCGAGCCAAGAAAAUGUUCUCGAGGAUGAUGAUGAAGAUAUAGAAAAUGAAGAUAUAGAAAAUGAAGAAGAGGAUAGCGAAGAUAUUAAAAAAGACGCAAUGAUUUUGAUUAAAAAAGAACCAGUCUCAAAAGUUUCCGGAAAAGAAAAACGAGCUGCUGUUACUAGCACAGAUAGUAAAAAAAAACCAUCUUCGAAGAAAUCUGCAUCAUCUUCAAAAAAAGGAAAAUUAAAAAAAUAA